CGAUGUUGUCGGUAUACACGUCGCACCGCGUCUCCCACACGUCGCUCGUAUAUACAAAGUGAAGGUCAAGCACACACCUCAUUAAUUGCACAACGACACUUGACAUUCACACCAGCUCAGCAAUGACCACAGACACGGUUCCUGCGGCGCUGGCUGCAGCACCGGCUGCUCAAACCUCAGAAUGGACCAGCCCCUCCUUCAGACCGGAGCACAUUAACCAGAUCAUCUCGGGCGUCGACAGGUAUAACCCUCAGAACCUCGCCGUACUGAACGAGUACUUGCAGCAACAGCUCGACGAGGGCACCUACGACUGCCUUGCCAAUCUAGCCAUCCUCAAACUCUUUCAAUUCAACCCAGCAGACUUUGACUACGGAGUGGCAGUCUCGAUCUUGGCCAAGGCCUUGACAGCCGCGCCUAGAACCGACUUUUCGCUCUGUUUGGCACUUCUUGGCGAAGCGCCCGUCGACGUUCUGAGUGCCAAGCCCGAGGAGGGCGAGGGAGCAGCAGCAGAGUCGACGGACACCGGAGCGGACCCGACACCUGCAGACGCGGCCAGCGGGACUGACAAGUCCAAAGACGCUUCGAGCGCCUCUGCCACACAAUCUUCGGCUGGUCUGAUCACCGAUGCGCUCAUCGUGAAGCUGGCGAAGCUCAAUUCCCUACUGCAAAGCGCCAAAUUCAGAGAGUUUUGGGCUGCUCUGGCAAAUCCAGAGAAUGAGGAUGUUGCUGGUGUAUUGCAAGGCUUGACCAGAUUUGACGAUGCCAUCAGAGCUGUGGCACUUUACAACGUCAAGGGCGCAUUCAGAGCCAUCAGUCCUGAAAGGCUCGCCUCUUACCUCAACCUCAGGGGCUCGGAAUUAUCCAACUUCAUCUCGAAGCAACCAGGCUGGGUGCUGGAAGGUGGAAAGGUCAUUGUACCUGCCAACGUUGACAAUGACAUCAAAGCGACUGUCAUCAGAGAAGACUUGCAGCUGGAUCAAUUGACAAAGUUCCUGUCUCAGGCUCAAGCUGCGUAGAACCAACGACCGCACAGUGUUGCCGCAACGGCAGAGCACGUGUACUUGUACUUGAACCAAAAUCGAAUCCUCUUUCCACACGCUCAACGAUUCCAGUCUUGCCUGUCUCCAGGCACAGUGUGCCGCUUGCUCAGAAGUCAAGGACUGCAUAAACAU